UUGGCAGCUGCCGGCCCAAGCUUCGAACACGUGUCGCAAGUGCCGUCCCAAGCUUUGUAAGCAUGCCCGAGAUGAAGCCAAUGACUCCUGGACUCGUGUCCCAGCGCAUGUCUUCAAAAGAAUCCAAGAAGAGCGACAUCACGGGAGUUGAAUCCACCACCGUGGGCAACAACUCGCCCCGCUCGGAGGCCAGCGCAGUGGAGAAGCCCACCUUGCCCCUGCAGAAGCGCGAGAACGUGGCCUGGUGCGACAUCAGGGAUGAGGAGGAGUUUGAAGAUUUCGGCGACUCGAUGCCCAUCUCGCCGUCGGUGAAGAGCACCGCCACCACGCCCUCCCGCAGCGGGCGCCGGGCCGAGCGCCGGGCAAGGCGCCGCAAGGAGGCGCAGAAGGCUGCGCAGCAGCAGGUGAACUCCCGAGGGCCCAGCGCCGUGACUUUCGCGGAGCUUGGCGUGGAGUGCAGCCAGAGCAUUGGUGGAGCGGCCAUGUCGCCUUCAAUGGAGGGAAACUGGCCAGGUAUCAUGAGUACUGCCCCUGCGGACCAGCCAAAAGCCGCACUCUUCCUGCCCCCAGGAGCCUUGAGCUACACCGGCUGCUCUCCCACCGCCAAGCCUUCCGAUGCCUCCGCCAGGGGCUAUCCUUUCGCAUCGCCCAACGCUGGGGUGGCAACCCCGGACGUGUCCAAACGCCUGCUCCUGGCGACUUCUCCUAAGGCUCCUGUGAAUUAUGGCGAUGCCUCUUCCCGCACACCCUGCCAAUCCCCACCAAGCUGGACCGCGGACGUGCCAUCACCUUGCAGGGCACGGAUGAAUAUGCGCAGCUUCGUGUCAGCGGCCUCACCCAGUAGUGGCAUGCUGCCGACAUCUCCGUCCGUGGUGCCCCGCCGUCAACGAGAUCCAUCCACCAUGGCCGGAAUGAGCCCAGUCAGCCCAGAGGUGAAGACGCUUCGCCAACUCAUGGGAUCCCAGGGCUUGGAGACCGGGGAAGAGCUGGCAGCACGCUUGCAAGCAGCAGCUCCCGAAAGCUACGAGGACUGAGCUCGCAGGCCUACCAAGACGCAUCGUCACUGAAGACAUCGUGCACUUGCGGGUGUUUUUGCACAGGGUCAGUAUGGGUCAGUAUAGAGUGGCGUCCCU